CUGGGUUUCUGUACAGCACUUUGAGAUAUCAGCUGAUGUACGAAGGGCUAUAUAAAUACAUUUGAUUUGAUUUGAUCCCAGAGGCUGCUCCAAGAUACUGCCGGCGGAGAAGAGGUAUUUGGAGUGGACUUCUAGUCUGACUCAGGAGGCAGGCACACCAUCCAAGGCUUCCAAGUAUAUUACUCGCUAAUGUUCAGUCUUUGGCCAAUAAAGUAGACGAGCUCAGGACGAGGAUCUCCUUCCAGAGAGACAUCAGGGACAGUAACAUACUCUGUUUCACGGAAUCAUGGCUCUCUCGGGAUAUACUGUCUUCGCUCAUACAGCCAGCUGGGUUCUCAGUUCAUCGCGUAGACAAGAAUAAAGAACUCUCCGGGAAGAAGAAAGGCAGGGGUGUAUGUUUCAUGAUUAACUACUCAUGGUGUGAUUGUGAUAACUUACAGAAACUCAAGUCCUUUUGUUCUGUCACGGUUGUUAUGAUAGACAGACCAAGGCACAGCGUGAUUCGAGUUCCAAAUCUUUAUUUAAAGUGAAACUUCAGCAAAACAAUAAACAAACAACGAAACGUGACGUACGUGGUGCUACAUGCACAUACACAAAACAAUAUCCCACAAAUACAGGUGGAAACAGGAACACCUUAAGUAUGAUCCCCAAUUAGAGACAAAGAUAAUCAGAUGCCUCUAAUUGGGAACCAUACUCAAACCCAAACAUAGAAAUACAGCGACUAGAACCCCCCCUAGUCACUCCCUGACCUACAACACCAUAGAGAACCAAGGGAGAGCAUCCUGUCGGGCUGUAUCACCGCAUGGUACGGCAACUGCACUGCCCGCAACCGCAGGGCUCUCCAGAGGGUGGUGGCGUCUGGCCAAUGCAUCACCGGGGGCACACUACCUGUCCUCCAGGACACCUACAGCACCCGAUGUCACAGGAAGGCCAAACACAUAAUGAAGGACAUAAACCCCCCGAGCCACGGCCUGUUCACCCCGCGAUCAUUCGGAAGGCGAGGACAGUACAGGAGCAUCUAAGCUGGGACCGAGAGACUGAAAAACAGCUUCUAUCUCAAGGCCAUCAAACUGUUAAAUAGUCAUCACUAGCCGGCUAUCACCCGGUUACUCAACCCUACACCUUUGAGGCUGCUAUACACAGACAUGGAAUCACUGACCACUUUAAUAAUGGAACACUAGUCACUUUAAUGUUUACAUACUGCUUUACUCAUCUCAUAUGUAUUUACUGUAUUAUAUUAUUGUCACGCGGGACUAGGUGGGUGAGGAAGGAAUCAGGCGCAGAGAGUUCCACAGGGAAAAGGUGCACUUUAAUGUGGCACAAAAUAACAAGCCCACAACACAGGGCACGGACAAUAAUAUGGACCACCCAAAACACAGGGUGCCAGGUCCAGAACACGAACACCUCUACCUAACGCACACACGUAACAGAAAUUCAAUCCCGCACUAAACAAGAGCGGGUACGCGUACUUUAAAUAAGGAAGCCCAUCAAGCACAUACAACAGGACACAGGUGAAACUAAUAAGACAAAACAAACAGACAACGAAAAAGGGAUCGGUGGCGGCUAGUAGGCUGGUGACGACGACCACCGAGCACCGCCUGAACAGGCAGGGGAGCCAAUUUCGGCGGAAGUCGUGACAAUUAUAUUAUAUUCUACUGUAUUUUAGUCAAUGCCACUCCGACAUUGCUUGUCCUCAUUUUUUUCAAUAUAUUUCUUGAUUCCAUUCUUUUACUUUUAGAUGUGUGUAUUGUUGUGAAUUGUUAGAUACUACUGCACUGUUGGAGCUAGGAACACAAGCAUUUCACUACACCCGCAAACAUCUGCUAAAUAUGUGUAUGUGAUUGGAUACUGGUCAUAUUCCACACCUCCUCAUGCCUUAUUGCUUAAUUGGAAAACAACACAUGAGCCUAACCAGAGGCGGCUGCAGGCAUGGGUUGAAAUGUUAUCAAAUGAUUUUCUAUAAACAGCAAACUAUCUGAAACUAUUUUCAAAUACUUCUCUACAAACAUUGUCAAAUACCAUAACCAAACAGACCAGGUUCAAAUCUGUCGUUCUGCCCCUGAGCAGGCAGUUAACCCACUGUUCCUAGGCCGUCAUUGAAAAUAAGAAUUUGUUCUUAACUGACUUGCCUAGUUAAAUAAAGGUAAUUUAAAAAAUAUAUAUUUCUAUUUCCACAUACUUCAAAUAAAACGAAAAAUAUUCAAAUAUUUAGGGUGCGUUGGUAAAUUCACUCUGGCCAUCUACUCCGAUUUCAGAGCACUCUAGUCUCAAAUCAAAUCAAAUCAAAGUUUAUUUGUCAUGUGUGCCGAAUACAACAGGUGUAUAACUUAAAGUGAAAUGGGGGCGGCCCGUCAGGAAGUCCAGGAUCCAGUUGCAAAGGGAGGUGUUUAGUCUCAGGAUCCUUAGCUUAGUGAUGAGAUUUGAGGGCACUAUGGUGUUGAACGCUAAACUGUAGUCAAUGAGCUGUAGUCAAUGAAUAACAUUCUCACAUAAGUGUUUCUUUUGUCCAGUUGGGAAAGGGCAGUGUGGAGUGCAAUAGAGAUUGCAUCAUCUGUGGAUCUGUUUGGGCGGUAUGCAAAUUGGAGUGGGUCUAGGGUUUCUGGGAUAAUGGUGUUGAUGGGAUAUGUGCAAGGAGCGCAGAAUAACUGAAGAACUUACAACCGUGCAACACUCUUGUUGGAUAUGACCUAGUUUCAGUAAACGUAGGCAAAAAAAACGUAAUUAAAUUGUUGCCAGCAGCACAGUUACAGUCACCAACGUUCUAGAGAACAUGAAAACAGCUUUAACCAGCUCUGAUAGGGCGAGUAAAAUGGUCAGAGAGAGGUGGUCUCUCAUUUGUUUCUGGUAGUAGCUAGCAAGCUAGACAACUUUGGUCAGUUAGCUUGGGUGCUUGAUUGCCAGUUGUGAGGUCAGAACACUCGGAUCAACCGUAAUCCUCGGCCAGAGCGUCCAGUGUGCGCUCUGAACUCUCCGAGAGCCGAAACACUCUGAAUCUACGAACCGACAAUCUGACAACACUCUGAAUUUACUAACGCCUAGAGCGCUCUCUGAGCACGCUCUGGCACUCCUGCGUGAUUUACGAACACACCCUUACUUCCAAAUGUCUUAGAAAGUUACUGAAUUACCCUAAAUAUAAUUUGAACCAAGGUCUGUUUCAGAAAAUAUGCGGUAUUUAUGAUUAACAGAGGGGUCAGUGACUGUGCAAGGGGGACUGCAAUGUUUGCCAAUACACGUUUCCUUCUGGAUGUAACGUUAAAAAAACAAGUAUUUCUUAGCAUAGCCUGACUGUUAUUUCCUCAUUGUUCGUAAAAAAAAAAAAAUGUCAAACGAAUACACAUUGUCUGAGGCAGCUGGAAAAGUGGAGCUGUACUAAACUACCCACUCACUCACUCACUCACUCACUCACUCAAUGCACUUGAUACGCAUGGAACAAUUAUUAAUGAGUCAUUUUUUUAACGUUCUUAUUGGGAACAGACAAAACAACAUAGCACUGGAACUUAUCAUGUAGGCUACGUUUCCGUUUUCUUGGAUUUCAUUUAGUUUAUUUUAAUAUGCAAGGCUAAACGUAUUGAGUGUGGUCUGUCGUUCUGCUGUUUUUUUGCGCGUUUGCGUUUUUUUGUCCCUAGGCCAAAGUUGUUCAAGCGUCAUUGGAUACGCCGUGACUUUUUACACGUGCCUCUGUUGUGAGUAAGCUAGUGGUCACCCUUCAUGAUGAUGAGUCGCGGGAAUGGACCUGCACUGGCUGUGCUCCUGCUCCUGUUGUGCCUGCUGCAGCUCCUGUGCGCCUCCGAGGAGAUAACACGCGCCAGACUAACUGUCACCGAGAUUCAAUACCAAAAUGGUUCCAACUGGAACCCUGAGAGUCUUCCUCAGCUGAGUCUGUCCACUCUCGGGUUCUCUCCAUCACAAGGCUCCUGUUUUGCCUGUGUCCAUGUACGUGUCAGAAUGAAAGCGGCAGACUUCACUGGGACACUGACCAUUAAAUACCUGGAGCUGUCAACUACAACUCGCAGAACCAUCUCGAUAAAAAAGGGAGUCAAUAAUGACACUUUACAGUGGAGUGUCCCGUUUCGAUCCAUCAUAGUAGGAAAGACCAACAUUAAGCGCUUACAUCCCCAUGACAUUGGCCACAUGAUUGUGUGGGAGUUGGUGUAUGACUGUUUCCCUGCUAACGCAGGGCGAGAGGUGUAUGUGUCUUUGUCCUCUAAACCACAGAGACAGCACAGGUACAUCGUACAGAAGGACAUCUGUCCAGGUGAUGCAGAUUCAGAUCCAGUACCAGAGUUUGAUCUGUCUGUGGAUGAGCUGGCUCGAUCCCUCAAUGUAACAGUAGCAACUGGAGACCACAUAUACCAACCGGCUCUCUCAUCUGAUGUAUACACCAGGUUGUGCUACAGACACACAGAUGCCGAAUGCUCCAACCUUUCUGCUCUUUCUACUAUUGACACCAAUCAGAAUCGGUCAGUGACUCUCAGUUUCCCCUACCUGCUACCCUGUGUCUGUGUACAGGUAUAUUACACACACCUAGACGCAAGGCGAACCACAGUUUGCCCGUUUGUGAAUGGCUCAUUAGAUGGGGGAAGAGACGUGUGGCGCUCCAGUAAUGUGACUCUGUAUGGUGAGUUGGGUUCAAGCAUGGCCUGGAGUGCCCUGUGUCCUGCUGCUUACCUGAAGCCCUCUGCCUCCCUCUGCUGGCGACACCAAAGAAACACACCACAAUGCACUCCCAUCCUAAACUCCACACUGGAGGACAUGGAGGAGAAGGGAGAACUGAAAUAUAAUGUUUCUGCUGUGGAUAAACACCCUCAGAUGUGUGUGCAGUUUUCCUUCAGAGGCAGCCAUGAUGUCCACUGUCCAUUCCAACCAGGUAUUUCUAAGUGGGAGGCAUAUAUUGGUCCUGGUUCACAAAGUCUCUGUGUCUAUCUCACCUCCACUAUCCCAGCAUCCUUUGCUGCACAACUCUGUGUCUGGCAGGAGAAAGGAUGUGUGUCCAGAGGAGCUAUCUACUCAGUAAACAUGGGUGGGGGCACCAGAGAGACACAGCUGAACCUGCCCUUAUCAUCCCUGACUGAGGGUCUAUGUGUGCAGGUCUGGCGGUCAGAUCCUGCACAGUAUGGGAGGAGACUACUGUGUCCUGACUAUUCCCACAGGAGAUGGGGUCUCUAUGCUGUUGCAGUCUUGACACUUCUGGUUACUGUGGCAAUGCUGGGAAGCCUCAUCCACAAUGUGACCAAGAAGGGAGUCACAGGUUGGCUAUUCAUCCAGAGGCCUGUGUUGUUGGUGUGUUCAUCAGAGCAGUCAGCCCAUGUGUCUGCCGUGUGCGCCUUGGCUUCCUUCCUACAGGGGGAGUUGUGUGCUGAAGUGCGCAUGGCUCUGUGGACCCAGAGCUCCAUUGGGGCUUGUCCUGGGGCUGUGGAGAGGUCUUGGGCUGGGGUGGCUGAGCUGGGCCCUGUGCCCUGGCUGUAUGGACAGUGGGAGGCAGUCAGAGAGGCAGGAGGGCAGGUGCUGAUCGUAUGGAGCGCAGUGGCUAAGGAAUCCUACAAGAACUGGAGAGAAGAGAGGGAGGGAGGGGAUAGGAGGGAAGGGGAAAAGACAGGAGGGAGUAAAGGAGAGGAGAUGCAACAAGGAGAAAGGGGAGGAGAAAAAAUGGAAGAACUUGAGAAAACAAGAGUGGAACGGGAGCAAGCAGGAUUGAAGAAAGGAGAGGAAUGGAAAGAGGAGAGUAGGAGCAGAGAGGAGAGAGAGCCCUCCUCAGUGACAGGGCCAGUGUUCAGGGCUGCCCUGUCCUGUCUGCAGGGGGCACGACAGGGGGCAAGCAGGGUCAACGGCUUCACCAUUGUCUACUUCCAGGGCCUCUGUCACAGUCGAGACAUCCCCAAGGAUCUCAGAGGAGUCCCACGCUACUGCCUGCCUCGGGACUUCGGAGGCCUGAUACGUGAGCUGGGUGGGACCGCUAGAGGGAGGAACAGUGUGAUUGACAGCUGGGCCUGUUGGCCCAGACUCCUUUCCAAAACACUGUCACUUUGGUUGGCACGACGACUAACUCACAGGCUCAGAGUGUGGUUGUCACAGGAAGAGGAGGGGCUAAAACCGAAAUCAUCACAGGAAGUGAUAUCAGAGAGGACACUGAACAGGCAUGUGUUGUCGCUGUCAAUUAAUGAGGAGAGGACAGAGCCAAGCACUUUGCAGCAGAAGGAGUUGCUUAGCGGGUCACCAUGGCAAUGAAGCAGGGCAUCUCAGGUUUCACCUUUAUACAGGAGCCAUACUUUUGUCUUGACUGUAACAUGAGGCAGAGCACAUGGGUGGUGUAGUGACCCAAACAGUGGAGCAGAGACACUGAGCAUUUCAUAGGGCUUAUUACCACAGUCAAAGGGGGUAUUGAUAAAACUACUAAGAGAACCUACCACUUGAUUUGCCUGUGGUGAAGAGUAGGUAAAUAUUCUCCUCUGGGCUACAUCCCACAUAUGUCCACAGUUUAUGCUUUUUAUGCUGAGUGUACAGUUUGAACCUGAACCUAAAGCCACACAUCAGCCUUAUCUAAGUGGGUAUGCCUGAAAGUAAGGUUGUAACUUCCACUUAGUGUAUAGAACUGGAUACCCUCACCACAGGUGCUCCAGUGAAGAGAAAGGACAUACUUCAUCAUUCUCAAUGUCAACAGUAGAUGAUCAAAUAAUGUGAUAUCUUUGCUCUGAGGGCACAAACUGUAUAUCCAAACUGUUGUUUUACCCAAGCCUCCACUUUCCACAUGACUGUCAGAUCCUUUCAAGAACAUUUCAAAAUGUAUUUGUACUGAAGUACACAGCAUCAACGUGCCCCAUCUUGAACCAGCAUCUGUCCAUCUCUCAAACUGGUUGACUGUAGAACUGCUUGGUUAUGCACAGUGCCAUAGAGGAUUAUGGAUGCUAUAUUAUCUAUGUAUGGGUAUAGAGACCAUUCCUACACAGCUCUAUAGCAACCGGUCUACUCCAAUGAGCUCCUAUGGACUGUGUACUGUAACCUACUGUAUAUAAGAAAUAGACACCUUAGUGACUCCUUCUUUAGUCCAAGGAUAUUAUGGUUUUAAUUUGAAUAAUUUAAGACUUUGUUAUCAGAAUAUUUCACUUUGCAGUAUAUAGUUAUUAUCAACAUAGCAUUCAACAAAGAUAAAAUGACUUCUGUAUUAAUCAUGUAUUUUCUCAUUGCAGCUCUUAUUAAUUCAGAUAGACUUUUGUUCAAUUAAAAUGAAUAUUUAAGUGUUGAUUUACUUAAUGGACACACAGUGCAGACUUAGAGCCUGUUAUAGUAUCAAAGCCUGACAUUUAUCAUUUGAAUAUAAGAAAUUAGCAGAUGCUUUUAUCCAAAGCAGCUUACAGUCAUGUGUGCAUACAUUUUAUGUACAGGUGGUCCCAGGAAUCAAACCCCCUAUCCUGGCACUGCAAGCAGCAUGCUUUACCAACUGAGCUACAGUUCUUUAAUAUUAUACUACUGCUAGUAAGCCCCUUCAGAUUGGCAGUGAACAAAUAUUAUUCAAAUAUCACCAACGACUCACAUUCCAUUCUCCCACCAAGUCAGUGAAGCCACGGGCUACAACGGUAGACUGUAUGCAAAGCAUCUGGAGUCUUAUACCGUAACACAGAUGUUUUCCAGCUACACUUUUCAGUAGUAGGUUGUGUUUGGAAAUAAGCAGUUAACAGAGACAGAGCAGUUUUCCUUCAAGUUUAAACUGGCAAUAUGUCAUUACUAUAUAUUAAUUAUAUAUACCCAUUUAUUCUUGAAGAAUAUAACCUAAUAAGGCCUCAUUGAGCUUAGUUCAACUGGCAUACCCCAUCAGAAACCAAAAUAAUAUUUUGCUUGUUUUACUGCACUUUUUCGAAACAAGGUUAUUGUAAACAUCCACUGCAUAACCCCGAGCCUGAAAACAUGCUUAAAAGGAUCAUUGUGAUGUCAUGGAUGGUCAGCUCUUGCAUCCAUAGCUCUGAGAGUGGUUAUGUUUCUUCAGCCCCAUCCCUCAGGUUGUUUACUGAAACAGUGGCAGGGAAACACUGUUGUUGUUUGAACUGCAGAUUGCCCCCUUUAAAAUGAACUGUAUUCAGAACAAACGUUUAUGCGUUUACCCUGUCUAUCAUUCUACCAUUGUGUGUGGGCUUAUAAGUGCCUGUUGCAUACAUUUUGAAAUGCUCUUUUGUCAAAUAAAAUAAAUGUGUAUUA